UGCUGUACAAGAAGGGUGACUGGUCCAACUGUAACAACUACAGGGGGAUUCCGCUACUAUCUCACGUAGGCAAGGGCCCCAUCAAGAUCAUCACCAAUCGUCUAAGUGCCUUCUGCGAAGCCAACAACAUCCUCCGGAGGAACAGUGCGGAUUUCGACUCGGGCGAUCCACCGUCGACAUGCUGUUCGUCGUGCGCCGCCUCCAGGAGCUGGGGCGGGGAAAGAAAAUACCGCUCAACAUGUACUUCGUCGACUUGAACAAGGCGUAUGAUUCGGUGGACCGAGAGAUGCUACGGAAGGUGCUGGCCAGGGCCGGGAUUCCUGCGAAGCUGAUCGAAGUCAUCCGCCAAUUCCACGAUGGAAUGCGGGCCCGGGUGCGCAUGGACGACGGAGAACUAUCGGACUGGUUCUUCGUGACACAGGGCGUGCGACAAGGAUGUGUGCUAUCNGAAGGGCUGGCGAGAAUGAUGACCAUCAUUGUUGAGGUGUUCGGGGGGUUCGAGCUAACGGUGUCGGAGAAGAAGACGGAGACGCUCCUGAUGCGCGCAAAGGACAACCGACUACAACAUCACAGCCCGCCGCCUCCACCACUGACCAUCGAAGCCGCGGGACAGAAAUACGCCCAGACGACCGAUUUCCGGUGCCUCGGUGGCCUCGUCAACGAACAUGGCGACCUCACCCGGGAGAUCAACUACAGGAGCAGAGGAGCGUGGGCGCACCUCAGGCGAUAUGGCCGGGAGCUCUUCGAUAGACCGCAAGCGCCAUUCUGACUCAAGAUCCGCCUGCUCCAGGCGGAAGUGAUGGAGGCACUG